ACACCAUGACCGCGGAUAGAGUGAGCUUGUAUCUUAUCUCAGUUGCUCGCUGACCUGCUUCGCGCGACGUAAUGGGAGACAUGCAGCGGAACGGCAUCGGCGAUAUUGAGAACAUUUUGGCACUGAACCCAAGAAUCAGUCGAUUUGCAACGUUGACGCCUUCUUCCGUUACCAAACAGGCUAAGUUUCACUGGAAGAGAAACAUACACUCAAGAUGCGACGUGUGCCCGUCGCUGCAGAACGACUUCGACGACGUGAAGCCCACGACACUCGGCGAGCAGGCGGCCCUGCGCGAGGCUGGCCGCUGCCUCAAGUGCGCCGACGCGCCGUGCCAGAAGUCCUGCCCCACCCAGCUGGACGUCAAGAGCUUCAUCACCAGCAUCGCCAACAAGAACUACUACGGGGCCGCCAAAGCCAUAUUUUCAGACAACCCCUUGGGCCUCACGUGUGGCAUGGUAUGCCCGACGAGCGAGCUGUGUGUCGGAGGCUGCAACUUGUCAGCGGUCGAGGACGGACCGAUAAACAUUGGCGGACUCCAACAGUUCGCUACUGAAGUUUUCAAGAAGAUGCGAAUACCACAGAUAAGACCUCCGGGAACCAAGCCUUUCAGCUUGCCUGCGAAAAUUGCACUCAUAGGCUGUGGGCCAGCUUCUGUAUCUUGUGCUACUUUCCUGGCCAGACUUGGCUACACGGACAUCACCAUAUUUGAGAAGAACGACUAUGUUGGAGGUCUCAGUUCAUCAGAAAUACCGCAGUAUCGUCUACCCUUUGAUGUUGUAGAUUUUGAAAUUGAGCUAAUGAAGGAUUUGGGAGUAAAAAUCGUAACAAAAAGGGAACUGUCCAGGAAUGAUCUAACAAUAAAGGGUCUCAAGAAUGAAGGCUACCAUGCAAUAUUUUUGGGAUUAGGUCUUCCAGAAGCAAAAAUGUUUCCACCCUUUGAAGAUCUUACUGAAGAGAUGGGCUUCUUCACUUCAAAAUCAUUUUUACCUGCCAUUGCAAAAGGCAGCAAAGCAGGAUUGUGCUCGUGUAAGUCCGGCCUGCCAGCUCUGCACGGAAACGUGAUAGUGCUGGGUGCAGGUGACACGGCUUUUGACUGCGCCACCUCCGCGCUGCGCUGCGGCGCCAGGAAAGUGUUUGUGGUGUUUCGUAAAGGCAUUCAGAACAUCCGAGCCGUGCCUGAAGAGGCGGAUCUGGCUCUAGAAGAGAAAUGUGAGUUCAUUCCAUUCCUGUCACCACAGAAAGUAAUAACUAAAGGAAACAAGAUAAUAGCUUUGAAAUUCUUUCGCACUGAACAAAACGAAUCGGGAGAAUGGAUUGAAGAUGAAGAGCAAAAAGUGACCCUGAAAGCAAACUUUGUUAUUUCAGCUUUUGGAUCAGGACUCUUCAAUGAAGAAGUGAAGGAGGCGCUGUGCCCGGUGCGGCUGGGGCGCUGGGGGCUGCCCCAGGUCAACCCGCUGACCAUGGAGACCAGUGAGGCGGGGGUAUUCUGCGGUGGCGACCUGGCUGGAGUGUCGGAGACCACCGUCGAGGCCGUCAACGACGGCAAGACCGCCGCCUGGUACAUGCACGCCUUCCUGCAGAGCCUUCAUGGUUUGUCGGUGCCGGCCCAACCUCAGCUUCCCAAAUUCUUCACGCCAAUAGAUGAAGUGGACAUUAGCGUGGAAAUGUGUGGACUGAAAUUCGUCAAUCCAUUUGGAUUAGCUUCAGCGCCUCCUACCACCUCUGGUGACAUGAUCCGCAGGGCAUUCGAGGCUGGCUGGGGGUUUGCAGUUACUAAGACAUUCUGCCUCGACAAGGACAUGAUCACCAACGUUUCUCCUCGCAUUGUCAGAGGAACGGUUUCUCAGAACCGAGGGCCAGGACAACUAGCUUUUCUGAACAUUGAACUGAUUUCGGAGAAAACUCAAGCAUACUGGUGUAAAGUUGUCACGGAGUUGAAAAAUGAUUUCCCGGACAGGAUAGUGGUGGCGAGCAUCAUGUGCGGCUACAACGCAGCGGACUGGGAGGAGCUGAGCCGGGCCGCGGAACAAGCUGGGGCGGAUGCCCUGGAACUCAACCUGUCGUGUCCGCACGGCAUGAAGGAGAAGGGACUGGGGCUGUUUUGUGGCCAGAGUCCAGAACUGGUUCUCAACAUUUCCAAGUGGGUUAGAAAUGCAGUGAAGAUACCAUUCUUUGUUAAGCUGACGCCAAACAUUACAGAUAUUACAAGCAUCGCUGCUGCCGCUCGUGAUGGCGGCGCGGACGGGGUGGCGGCCAUCAACACGGUGCAGGGCCUGAUGGACGUGCGGCCGGACGGCAGCCCCUGGCCGGCUGUCGGCCGGAGGAGGCUGACCACGUACGGCGGCGUGUCGGGCAGCGUCGUGCGUCCCGUCGGGCUGCACGCAGUGUCAGCCGUCGCCAGCAAGCUGCCGGGCCUGGCCAUCAUGGGCGCGGGCGGCAUCGAGUCUGCCGAGACCGCGUGCCAGUACCUGAUGUGCGGCGCCUCCGUGGUCCAGGUUUGCAGCGCUGUUCAGAACCAGGACUUCACUUUGAUAGAAGACUACGUCACUGGCUUGAAGACUCUGCUGUAUCUGGAGAGUCUGGGAGGUCUGCAAGGAUGGAGUGGCCAGUCGCCUCCAGUCUCAAAGCACCAGAGAGGGAAGCCAGUGGUUUCUCUGCAGCAAGAUGGAACCCAGAAGCUGCCAUAUUUUGGCAAUUACCAAAGAAUCCGAGAGCAGAAAAUCAGUGAGUUGAAGAAGCAGAGUGAUGUGCUAGCAGACUGCAACAAGCCGGCUCAAGUGAGACCUCCCAACACACCUAUCAAGGCUGUUCCCAAAGUGAAGGACAUCAUUGGACGAUCACUCUCAAUGAUUGGCUCGUACGCCAACCUUGACAACAAGCAACAGGUUGUAGCUCUCAUUGAUGAUGACAUGUGCAUCAACUGCGGCAAGUGCUAUAUGACCUGCAAUGACUCGGGAUACAAGGCCAUAACAUUUGACAAGCAAACACACAUACCAGAAGUGACAGACGACUGCACAGGUUGUACUCUGUGCCUGUCUGUGUGUCCAGUCGCUGACUGCAUCAACAUGGUUCCGCGCACCACACCUCAUUUUGUUGACCGAGGAUUUGUAAGAGUUUAUUAAACUUAUAGAUAUUUACACAGGCUAUAUUUCUUACUAUUUUAAAUGACUAAUGUUUUAAAAUGUGUUUAUUGAUAUCUUGAUCACAAAAAAAAAUUUGUUUCGUUCUCAUUUUGUCUUAGAAUGGCAGCUAAAGCUAAUUAAUUUUAAUGCUAAGUAUUUAACAACUUGGAAACAAAAAAAAUUGUUUUUAUUUAAUUUUCUUUUGUAACUUCAAGACCAUUUAUUAUAACUAAAUACAAAGUCUGGAAUUCUUAAAUUUUAAUACAACAAUUGGGUACGCAAAAUGAGUUAUAUUUGGAAUCAGAUACCUGGUAAUACACAAUUAUAAUUUUAUACUAGGAGAAAGAAUUGUUUAGAGUAAUGUUUAAAAACCUGAAAAAUUUCAUAGGAAUUAUUUUAAAGUGUUUCAGCCAAAAUAUUUUACCAAACACAGGUUUUGCUGUAGGUACUAAUUGAGUUAUGCUAUAAUUCAGACUCUUAAGUUUCUUAAAAGGAACUACUUUUUUCUUAAUUUGUUUUUGUUUUGAGAAAAAUGGUUGCCACCAUUUAAGCAUGCAUUAUUAUGACCAAAAAAUGUUUUAUAAAUGUUCAUCAGUUGUAUUCAUGUUUAACAAAGAACACUUUGGAAAAAAUGUUCUUUGUAGUUUUUGUUUGAAUUGUAAGUACCUACCAUCUAGUGCAAGGAACCUUAAUGAUCCCAUUUUUUUGUACAAGGGUCAAUUCUAAGGCUAUGCCUUCUGCUCUCAACAUAACUUCCCCCCUUGCCAACCCCGAAAAUCCUAAAAAAAAGUUAAUUCCCAUCAACAAUAGGAAAGAAUUUGAAAUCAAACAGCAGGCAAAGUGGUUCUAUUCCCCCCCCCCCCCCUUUUUCACCCCUCUUCUCAUUUUUUCACACUCAAAAUAAAAUUCUGCUGACUUAUGAAAUUGCUAAAAAAAUUUAAUACACACCCUGAAAAAAUCUGUACUUACAUUAAAGAACACAACUCCUUAUCAAUGACAUUGAAGUUUUUGAAACAGAGACAAGACAUUGAAUUAGGAUACAAUAGGAUGUGAUCAACAAGAUACGAUGGAUUAUGAACCCAUCAGUAAGAUAUGGUAGGAUGCAAUCCCAUCAGUAGGCUACAACUGAAAGGAUACGAUGGAUACGAUCCCAUCAGUAGGAUAUGGUAAGAUACAAUCUGAUCAGGAUACGAUCUAAAGGAUACGGUGGGAUAUGAUCCCAUCAGCAGGAUAUGAUUGUCAGGAUAUGGUGAGAUACAACCCCAUCAGCAGGAUAAGAUUGACAGGAUACUGUAGGAUACGAUACCACCAGUAGGAUAUGAUCGUACGGUACAGUAGGAUACGAUCCUAUCAGUAGGAUAUGAUUAGUAGGGAGUAGGGUACGAUCACAGGAUACGAUAGGAUCCAACACCAUAUGGGUACAAUGGUGCCAUUUGCAUUUGACUCAAACUGAUUUCAGUUUUAUUUUGCAUGAACUUGUCCUGAUUACUGGAAUGAGAUUAUUAUUACUGUCUAUUUUGUUAGUCAUUGGUGUGAUUUUUACAUCUUAAUUUAGGAUUUGUAUACCGAGAACUCAUCAUUGGAAUAUUAUGUUGGUUAUCUAUUCACUCUCUGAAGUGGUAUCAGUCUGUGUUGUAUGAGUGUGAAAUAUAGUACAUAGUGAAUAUAUAGUGUAGUGUAGUGUCGUGUCACCUUCCUUACCUUUGGUUGUAUUUUGUCUUACUACCUUUCAUCAUCACCAUAUAUGUGUCGGUACUGUGGCAUUUUGUUCACUAAAACCAACAAUGCUCGAUGUCACAAGAAAGGCAAUUAUGCAAAGAGCCAAUGGUAAGUUGUGGCAAGCACGGUUUUCAGUUUGGACGAAGGGAUAAUGUUAAAAAAUACCUCAAAACCUGCAAAGGUACGCUUUAUUUGUCUACUGAGAAAAAGUCAGUGUUUGAGCUGAAUGUACAUAUGUGUAAGUGGUAUUAAUCAGCACACUUGGACAUCUGCAUCGUCCACCUUGAAAUUUAAUAAGAUACCAGCAUUGAAGAAACGAAAACAAGUUAUCGUACUACAGGAAGAAAAUGAUGGCAAGUUUUUUAAGAUGAGUCAUGAAGGAUUUCACCUUCCUACAUAAUUCUCUGAUGGAUUGUCUGUUAUGAAAGUUGAAUGAUUAAAUAAUAAUGGAAACCAUGACAACAACAGCUUAACAGAAAAUGAGAACAAUAUAGAAGAAUUUGAAGUGGUCAAGACCAAAAAUAUGGAAAAGACGUGAUAAAAUAUAUGAAAAUGACUGUGCUCAUGUUAAUGACGCUGAUUACGAUGAUGACUGUGACUUUGAGGCCGGCAAUAAAACAGAAGACUUCAUAUAUAUAAUAAAUAUUAAUAAUAUUUUACAUGAAAGGAAAAUGACAACUGCCUCAGAGAUUGAUUGCACGUCACGGGAAUAUCCUUGCAUACUGGUCGACAGGUUAAGGCAUCUACAGUAGAAUCUCGUUAUAGCGAGCACGGUAAUAGCGAGAACACGGCUAUAACGAGGUAUUUUUGAGGAAUUUACGGCGUGAUCGCUUGAAGCGCGCUUUUGUUAUUUGUCUGCUUUAUCUCCACCCCUCUCGCUCGCCACUAGACAUCUUGCCGUUGACGCCUGUCACAUUCUUCAGCCGUGCAGUCGCCACCUAAGUGCGUGGCUUAAAAAUAGAAUCCCAUCCUUUCUUUCUUUUAUCAAACUUCCGUUAGUUAUCUGUGCCGUGUGUAGACAAAGUUUGAGAUUGGAACAGAAACAACGUAAGAAAGUAUUUUUUACAAAUUAGAAAUAUGUAUGUUUUUGUUUUUAUAAUCGCGUAUUUUCACGUUUUUUGUUGUUGUUAUCUUAAAAGAGAUAAUAUUAAAAAGCCGCUCUAAUGAGAUUUAAUUGUUUCUUGGUUAACAAAAACUAUUAAUUAUCAAAUAUUGUUAAUUGUUUAUAUUCUAUUUAUUAUUAUUUACGCGACGUCAUACUGUAUGCGUACACAAUACGACUGGAUUCGUUGCUGCAACAUAACAUAGCAUGUUAUGCGAUAUCAAAAGUAACGAGUAACGUAACGAUAGUAAUGAGUACUAAUUGUUAUAGUAACGAAUACAUACGGGUACACAUUUUUUUCGUUACUUUUACACCUCUAGUAGGCACUACCGUAUUUAUUUCCGAAUCGCUAGGACAGUUUUCUUGUAACUUUUGUUUCGGUCAGUUUUUGGGGUAUCUGUCCGGGAAAGGGGUGGUGAAGGUUUGAGUUUAAUCCCAAAUUUAUUUUCUGAAACAGUUGACAGGUUUCUUUAAAUGAAAAAAGUAUAGUUUUCCAGCGACUAUUACGUUUGAGGCGUACGUGCGUUGCAGCAGCCGCACUCCUGCUUUUUUGUAAGGAAUUAAAUCGUCGCGCUACACUAGCACCACCUGUUCAACAUCCCGAACCAACAUGGCCGCCAGCAGACAGCCCGCGUCGACGAUAGAUAGCAGGACAACGCCGCGUCGGCCGCGGGCUGAGAUGCUAUACUUACGUGGCUUGGUAGGGUAUUCUGGUUAUUUUGACGCAAUCGGUGAUCGCAUCCAUACUUAUGGGGUAUCGUUUUAAAGAGAAUUCACACAUCUGCUCACAGAACUUAAGAUUUCGUUAAUAUAACCUGUUAUUUUCCAAUUAUACAGGUUUAAACACAAUUUUUAUGCUAUUUUUUGUUAAUUUUUAUUUUUUGGGGGCCAAUAUAUGUCCAAUUCGGUUAUAGCGAGGACACGGUUAUAGCGAGGAUAAAACCCGGAACCGUGACACCUUGCUAUAACGGGACUCUAGUGUACUUGUUUUGUAAAAUACUGAAAAUUUAUUCAUCACCAAAGAAAUAUAGACUAUACUUCGUGAACUAAUUAGUGCAGCUACAAUCAAUAACAACAUGUUUUACCUAUAUGUGUACAAAAAGUGAAAAAACAAAUAUUUUUUUUUAUUUUUAAAAAAAAAUAUUUUGUUAUUUUUUUUUGCACUCUUAAUUUCUAACCAAGAUUUAGUUCUCAUAAUACAACUUCUAACUUAAACAUGUAAAAAAUAUUGUAAUUAAUGACCAGUGUUGUUAAGUAACGAAUUACAAGUAAUCGGAUUACUUGUAACGAUUACUUUUCAAGUAAUUUAUACUUGUAACGAAUUACAUUUAAAAAAUGUAAUUCGUACUUGUAAUCGGAAUACAUAACAUUAAUUGUAAUCGAUACAUUAAGGUAAUCGAUACUUUAUAUUUACUUGCCGUUACUUUUAUUCUCGGAACGUAUAAUGAAUGCAAUUAAGAACAAGAACAACAUACAUUUUUGUAUUAGUAAAGUUUAUAAUUUUACGCUUGUAGUGCUACGAUCGUAUGCACUACAUCUAUGAUCAAAAAUGACAAAGCACAGAAGUGGCUUGUCAGGUUCUAUAUAUCUUUGCCUUCUUGUCUUCACUUUGUUAACUUGUGUUGUGUCUACUACUCGCAAACGCAUCGCAAUCAUGGAUGGUAUAGGUAACCGAAGUGAUACUGCGACAAAUUCAAAUGCUGAAGAAGUCGUUAAUAAUGAGCGUCUUUUUAGUGUUGGUAAAGAUGUUUUUGCCAUCUAGAGAGGGAAUCUAUCUGAUGAGAAUUUUAAAAUGCAAUUGUUUUGUAAGGUCAAUUCCAAAAUUUAAAGAGUGUUACUUUUAUUACAGGUAGCUACUUGUAUGAAGUCUUUUGAUGUUAUUCAAGCAAGUUUGUCCUCAAAUUUUAUUCAUUUAACUAAAGAUAAUAAAUUUAAUCAUUAGAUAAAAUCAUUUUUUUAACAAAACAUAUAUGUAUGUAUGUUUAUUAAUGUAACAGUGUGUAAAAAAAAUGAAUCGUAAGUCAGUUUUAAAAUGGUAGCGGAAAGUAAUUGUAAUUGUAAUUUUACUGAUUACUUCUAUGUUAAGUAAUUUUUACUUGUAAUUAGUUACAUUGUCACCACAGUAAUUGUAAUUGAGCCCAAUUACUUUUUCCGAGUACUUUUAACAACACUGUUAAUGACUAACAAAAUGGAGAGUAAAAAUAAAGCCAUUCCAACAAUCAGGACCAAAUCGAGCAAAAUGCAAUUGAAAUGUAGAUGGAGCCAUUUCAGCCAGAUGGAGCAAAAUGCAAUUUGAGCCAUUGAAACUAGAUGCUUCCGUAUCCUACCGUAAGGGAUCGUAUGCAACUGAUGGGGUCAUAUCCUAUUGAUAGGAUCAUAUCCUAUCGUAUCCUACCUAGUUGAAUGUUCGUCCACAUGUGCGUCCUUUUCGUUAAAUGUGCCUACUGAAGUCUGUAGUAGGGACUGAAUAUUUAAUGGUUCAAAACAUCUUGGUCUUGUAGUACGCGUAAAACAUUUUUCAGUGUUUCUCGGUCCUAUAGUAAUGCUUAUUUGGUCCAUUUGCUUGUAAUAUAUUACAUUCAUAUGGUAGGUCUGACAGUAAGGAGACUCGUGCGUGCAUGCAAGAAGAUACCUUUAAUCUGAGAGAUUAUUAUUUUUUGAUUUGUGGCUGUAUAUGUGCACAAACUAUGUGCAGGAAAAGUGAAAUGUGAAAAACGUUAUUCGAAUCUCCAUCGUCAUAUUUCUUUUUUUUUCUUUUUUCAUUUCAACAAGAAAAACAAUUUUACAAUACAUUGUGUUAAAAUUAAAAGUAGCCUGAUUAAAUGUUUAAAAUUGCUGUGAUCCUUUCAAUGGAGAAAUUUGUAAAAUUGAUUUUGUUAUUAAAAAAUAUCCAGUUUGAAAUAGACAUAAAUUAACUGAGCUAACCGUAUCACAACAUUAUUGAACAUGUUAUUCUUAUCUUGGGCAUCAAACGUCUUGGUGACGUGUCAGCACACGGCGAGGCAUAACGAGAGGAUCAUUACACACUAUCACAUUUAUUUCAUGCACACAUAUGUAUAGAUCUUAAGUUUAGGGGCAGGCAUUUUUCGCGAAAAAACCUGAACCUCUACUAGACUGCAACAAGGUAUACUCGCACCAGCGGUUUCUUCCGUGUGAUUGGCGGCCGUCUGCGAGAGAAGUCGUCGCCUUGUUUGACCGAGCCACUCAGGACACGUUUGAUUCCGCACUGACUUCAUGUGAUUGGUGUUGUUACAAUCGACAUGUACCUGAAAGAAACUAACCCAAUCACAGAACACAGACGGUGCUACAUUGUUUUGACUUUCAGCUAGUCUCGGAAUCUUUUCGCGAAAUAUGCAUGCCCCUACUUAAGUUACAGCUAAGUAAUGUGUGUGAGAGUAAAGAUAUUUAUAUACUAUUUUUAUUUCAUGAAAUAAAAUGUUUAGUAAUCCUUAGAGGUAAUUUUUAAGGAAUGUUCAAUAACACUUCACAUUUGUGAGGAUGGAUUCAAGUAAUAUUUUUCAUCGUGUUCGGGACGGCAUGUGGGAGACACCAUUCGCCCCUCAAAGCUCGGAGAUAUGUUUUCUCGGGGAAGUGGUCACUUGGACAAGUGGUCCUUCGAAAAAAAAAAAAAGGAGCUCGGAGAAGUGGUCGCUCGGAAGGGUGGACAUUUGGACAAAUGAUAUACACCCGUCAUUUACCAGGUUUUCGUGCCCUGUAGUGAAAUGACACCUCUGCCAAAACCCAUAUUACAUGUAGCAAACACAUUGCACUAAAUUAAAUUAGUGCAGUAACAUUGUACGUGAAAUAUUCUUAAGUUUAAAGGGUAAUGUGUUAAGACAGAAAACUACUAUACUUGUACCAUUUAUU